GUCCCUCCUGCUGCGGAAAGGCUCGGCACGCCCCUCUGCAAUGCAGCUUCGGGAGGCCGGACAGACCCCCCGGAGUUGCCGCGUUCGAUAGCAAAAGCUGCAGGGACAAUUCUUGGGUCACCUUCUUAACAAUAAAAGUAAAUGCUAAAGUAUCUGCAGCACCUCUCAGUCGGCAUUCUAUAAACAUUCGGCACGGUACUAGCUACCUUAGUCAGAUCUCAUCUUCCCUUGGGAGGGAGAGAGCAUUGGCAGUUGCUGGGUAAUUUGAAGACUACUGUGGAGGGUUUGGUGUCAGCCAACUGCCCCAAUGUCUGGUCCAAGUAUGGUGGCCUGGAGCGUCUUUGCAGGGACAUGCAGAGCAUUCUGUAUCAUGGGCUCAUCCAUGACCAGGUAUGUUGCCGACAGGCAGAUUACUGGCAGUUUGUGAAAGACAUUCGGUGGCUCAGUCCGCACUCGGCCCUUCAUGUUGAGAAGUUCAUCAGCUUGCAUGAGAAUGGCCAGAGCAGUGCUGACGUGAGCGACCGCACUGUUGCAGAGCUCUGGCUGCAGCACAGCCUGCAGUGCCACUGCCUCUCAGCCCAGCUCCGGCCUCUGCUCGGGGAUAGACAGUAUAUCAGAAAAUUCUACACAGAAACUGCUUUCCUGCUGAGUGACGCCCACGUCACAGCCAUGCUCCAGUGUCUGGAAGCAGUGGAACAGAACAACCCCCGUCUCCUGGCUCAGAUUGAUGCAUCUAUGUUUGCCAGAAAGCACGAGAGCCCACUGCUGGUUACAAAGAGCCAGAGUCUGACCGCUCUGCCUGGUUCCACAUACACCCCUCCAGCCAGCUGUGCUCAGCAGUUUUACUUCGGGUCUUCCUCUAACCUGCACCAGUCCAUGCCCCACCACAGCUCAGAGAGAAGAUCCACUUCCUUUUCACUUUCUGGCCCUCCCUGGAAACCUCAAGAAGACAGAGACCUCCUCUCAUCAGCAGAGAGUCAAACCACCCAAGCUCCACUGCUUUCAGAUUCAGCUCUAGGCCAGGAUUCCCCACUGACCCCACAUGAGAUGAGUUCCAGCACUUUAACCAGCCCCAUAGAGGCAUCCUGGGUCAGCAGCCAAAAUGACUCCCCAAGUGAUGCCAGUGAGGGGCCCGAGUACCUGGCCAUCGGCAACCCAGACCCCCGUGCCCGGACUGCCAGUUGUCAGAGCCACAGCAGCAACGCCGAGAGUAGCAGCUCUCACAUGUUCUCCUCCAGCAGCUCUCAGAAGUCAGAUUCUGCCGCUGCUUCUUUAGGGGACCAAGAGGCAGGUAGGCAGAGUCAGCCAGGCAGUGUCCUUCGCAGGUCCAGCUUCUCAGAAGGGCAGACAGGCCCUGUCACCAGCGGGACAAAGAAGAGCCAUAUUCGCUCCCAUUCGGAUACCAACAUUGCCUCCAAAGGAGCCACAGGAGGCCCCAGGAAUAUCACCAUUAUAGUUGAAGAGCCCAUUGCAGAGGGUACUCAGGACCUGUGCUCAGGGGAAGGCAUGUUUCGAAGACCAUCAGAAGGACAAUCCCUCAUCAGUUACCUCUCUGAGCAAGACUUUGGCAGCUGUGCAGACCUGGAAAAGGAGAAUGCCCACUUCAGCAUCUCAGAGUCCUUGAUUGCUGCCAUCGAGCUGAUGAAAUGCAACAUGAUGAGCCAGUGUCUAGAGGAGGAGGAAGUAGAGGAGGAAGACAGUGACAGGGAGAUCCAGGAACUGAAGCAGAAGAUCCGCCUUCGGCGCCAGCAGAUCCGCACCAAAAGCCUGCUCCCUGCAUACCAGGAGACUGAGCAUGGAAGCUUCCGGGUCACCUCCAGCAGCUCCCAGCUCAGUUCACAUGAGUCCACACAGUUCUCAGACUCUGGCUCUGCUGAUGAUGUUGAUGAGUUUGAAAUCCAAGAUGGUAGUGAAGCCUCUAACCUGACUCACAUGUCAAAGAGUGGACUCUCAGUGUCAAUGGCCUCCAUGUUCUCAGAUGCUGACAUCAGGAGGAGUGCAGUCUCAAACGGCAGAUCCUCCAUCUCCCAGACCUUCUCCCAUUGCUUCCUGCACUCCACAUCCGCUGAGGCAGUGGCCAUGGGGCUUCUGAAGCAGUUUGAGGGCAUGCAGCUUCCAGCUGCCUCAGAGCUAGAGUGGCUGGUUCCAGAGCACGAUGCCCCACAGAAGCUCCUGCCUAUCCCCGACUCACUGCCCAUCUCACCAGAUGACGGGCAGCAUGCAGACAUCUACAAGCUGCGUAUCCGUGUCCGUGGCAAUCUAGAAUGGGCUCCACCCCGGCCUCAGAUCAUUUUUAAUGUUCAUCCAGCCCCAACGAGGAAGAUUGCUGUGGCCAAGCAAAAUUACCGCUGUGCAGGCUGUGGCAUCCGGACUGACCCUGAUUACAUCAAGCGCCUGCGGUACUGUGAGUACCUGGGCAAGUACUUCUGUCAGUGCUGCCACGAGAACGCCCAGAUGGUCGUCCCCAGCCGGGUUCUGCGCAAGUGGGACUUCAGCAAGUACUGCAUCAGCAACUUCUCCAAGGACCUGCUCAUUAAGAUCUGGAAUGAUCCCCUCUUCAAUGUGCAGGACAUCAACAGCGCCCUCUACAGGAAGGUCAAGCUGCUCAAUCAAGUCCGGCUGCUGCGGGUUCAGCUGUACCACAUGAAGAACAUGUUUAAGACCUGCCGACUGGCCAAAGAGCUUUUGGAUUCCUUUGACGUAGUUCCAGGCCACCUGACAGAGGAUCUCCACUUGUACUCACUGAACGACCUGACUGCUACCAAGAAGGGGGAGCUGGGGCCCCGGCUGGCUGAGCUCACCAGAGCAGGAACUGCUCACGUAGAGAGAUGCAUGCUGUGCCAAGCCAAGGGCUUCAUCUGUGAGUUCUGCCAGAAUGAGGAUGACAUCAUCUUUCCUUUUGAGCUACAUAAGUGCCGUACCUGUGAAGAGUGUAAAGCAUGUUACCAUAAAGCUUGCUUCAAGUCUGGAAGCUGCCCCCGGUGUGAGCGGCUACAGGCCCGGCGGGAGUUGCUGACCAAGCAGAGCCUUGAGUCCUACCUGUCUGACUACGAGGAGGAACCCACGGAAGCCUUGGCUCUAGAGGCUACCAUCCUGGAGACCACCUGAGGAAAGGACCUAACCCUUUGUCUAAGGGGCUGGCUACUGUCAAACGAUACAGAACUGAGCCACACCUUCAAGGAAGGUGAUAGGGCCUUUUAAAAUAUAUAUAUUGGCAUUUUUUUUAUGACUUGUCUGCUGUCCAGGUGUAGGCAACCUUUAUUGGUUGAUGGGUCCAGUCUGUUGUGACAGAUAUCUGUGUGCAUUGGGUAUUUCCAUCAGAACUGCUACUUGGAGUGCCUCUUGUCAGGGGAGUGGACAGCGAGCGGGACCCAGUUCUUUGACAUGCUUGGCCUGUACCCAUAAGACCAGAUCUGGUUGCAGCUACAGCUCAAGGCUCAUUCCUACUCUUGACUUAAUUCUCCAGCUUCUGAGCCAGGCCUAUCUCAGGCAGUGGUCUUCCUCCCUCUUUGCUGCUGAGACAGGGGAAUGGGAUUUUCCUGCCCCAGUCCCGAAGAGAACAAGACUGUGCCCUGAGGCCGGGAAGAGAAUGGGGCUGCACAGUGGGCAUUCCAUCCAGCCUACAUAGGCACUGAGGGACAGGUAUGAGCACAGUCGUUAAUAUUUUAGAACCCUUGGAGACCUCAAGGAGGCAAGCAUGACUUCCCUGUUCAAGAAUACCAGGCAUCGGCGGAUACAAACUGGCUUGUGUACUCUGAUGGUCUUGAAGCAAAGAGCAGAGCCAGGCCCAUUUGUAGCCAGCACCACACACAUAAGUGAGGCUGUAGCUGGUGCCUGUGGAGCAUUUAUUCAGAUAAAGGAUAAUGGUCGCCUCUUGGGUGUUCAGUGUCCAAGUUAACUACUUGAGUGCAGGUGUGCUUCAAGCUCAGACAAGUCCCUCAUGCCAACCUAAGGCGAGGAUAGAAACCCCACCCACCAUCUUAAUAGUGGGUCCCUUAUUGCUCUGUAUGAUUAUGUGACCUUUCUGGAUCUAAGUAAAGGUGUGACCCAACUCCAUUCUCUGUUCCCUUCCCCCAGCACAGCCGGGGCCCUCCCGUUGGCUGAUCUCUUGCCUUAGGUUCUUUCCACAGUUGGGAGAAGCCUGCCCACUUAGUAGCAUUGGAGAACUCGAAAGUUUGUGAAUGUUUCUGUUUGUUCCGAGAAACAGGAGCCUUUAUGCCAUUUAUGCACUUAACUCUUCAGCAUCAGUAAUGUAUGUUAAAUCAUCUGUUCCUAUUACUAAUUUUAAUAGACCACCCCCAUCACUUAAUGUGCAUUUUAUGGAGUUUCCUAGACUAAGCCAGACACUUGCUGCAGUGCCUAACCUCUGUAAGCACUGGUCAGGUUGCAUCUCAGAUCCUGGCGGUUCUGGGAACAUGUCCACAGUGCUUUUGUUCUAGAACUGAUUUCUUCCAUGUACCUGUCUUCCUGUGCUUGGUUGCUAGUGAAGUAAUUGGCCCAAGCACUUCCCCAAGAAGCCAAAGUAGUGCAUGGUUGGUGGAAGCUGGAAGGUUCUGAGCUGGAGGGAACAAGGGGUCUCCCUGAAAGACAGAAGGGACGCUGAUGUCACAGCCACACUGAGCUCUGGCAGAGCAAGGGCAACAUGUCAGAACUGGCCCAUGGUGCAGUUCUUCUGCCUCACAUUUGGGAGCUGACAACAGCAUUGGACAGGGUGACUAGGGCUCUUCUCUCAGUUGGCGGUGAGACAGAAGGCUGAGGCCAGGGCCACUUUGAAGGGCUGGUUAGAAAACCCCUUCCUUCAGGGAGAUUUAGGAAUGAGCCCUUCAAACUCAAGUGUCGCUGAGUCAGAUCUCGGAUUCCAGUUUGUGGCUGACUUCCAGCUGCUCACUCUAAGCCACCACACUGGAGGAGACUGCCACGCCCACACUUCCUGUCAACACAGACUCUUGCUGGCCUUGGCCAUCCCACUGAGUUUCAGUGUUUCCCACCUCCCCACCCCUCUAGGUCAUGUGCCCCAAUUCUGUGCUGUCGUUAUGUCCAAAUACUGUGUUUAUUUAUUUGGGAGUGGGAAGAGGGACAGAGGGGAUGUUGUGAAAGCACUUUGUCACUUGACAGUAUCUGACAGUCCCCUGCUGUGGAGGUUCUGAAUGCACUGAAAAGAGCUUGCUGGAGGAGGCCUGAGGGAAGCAUCCUCUCUGUACAAAGGGAAGCAUUUGCUCCUGAGGUGGAGAUAAGCUCAAGGCGCUGAGAGGCAUGGAAACCUGGAGCUCUGCUUUUACAAGCCUCUUACCAAUUCCUUCUGCCAAGGGUUAAGAGCUUUGGCUGAACUAACAGAAAAGGAGCAAGACAUCUGUUUGUGUACAAUAUAUGUCUUGAACUGGAUUUUCACCUGCUGUAAUUUGUGUACAUCCUAACAGUUCAUGGUCAUCUUUAAUAAACUAAGGACAUGAAA